GGUGGUGAGGCUCUUAGCCGAGCCUCUAGUGCUUCCCUUGGACUUUCCUUCUCUUUUACUGGCUUUGCUGUGCCACAUGAAGAAGAAAUCAUUCCUUCAGAGCAAUCAUGCAGCAAUGAUGAUAACUUGGAAGAUAUUGAAGCAGCAACUAGUAGUGUGGUCAAGCUUCAAGAAGAACCAACCUUUCCAAUAUAUCUGAAGGCACUGAUGGAGAUAUGUAUCUUUUAUUUUUUCUGUCAACAUGGCGAUAUGUAUCUAAAUCAUCAAAACCACAAAAGUCCAUAGAAAUAUAUAUAUGAUUUUGAUGCCAUUGAUUAGUCCAACUUCAGUGGGUCUGUUGUAUCUCAUAUCAUGUUUUAUGUACAAGAAUUAUAAAUCCUCCCAUAACCAAGAAACAGUUUACAUUUAGUUUUUAUCAUCCGCAUUGCAUUAAGACAGAGCAUCAUGAAUAUUCCUAGACAAUGGAAACCUCUGUUUUGCCUUCUUUGUUGGUCUAACUUUGGUGCCCAAAAGUCCACGCUUAGGAGGCUCAACUACAGUUUACUGGUUCUUGGCAACAUGUGAAGCAGAGCUUCACGCUGGACCAAAAGGGUAUGGUUAUAUAUUUCAUAGACAUCACAUACAAGGUAACUUGUAAAGCAAUGACAUCAUCAUCAGGAAAGAGCAUCUUGAAUGGGAUUAGUGGUUCAGCCUAUCCAGGGGAGCUUCUGGCUCUCAUGGGACCUUCUGGAAGUGGCAAAACUACACUACUCAAUGUGCUUUGUGGAAGAUUUAAUCACCAAAACAUGGGUGGAUCGGUCAGCUACAAUGAUAAACCAUAUUCUAAGCACUUGAAAACCAGGAUUGGAUUUGUGACUCAAGAUGAUGUUCUGUUCCCUCACUUAACUGUUAAAGAGACACUAACCUACACAGCUCUUUUACGCCUUCCUAAGACCCUCACAAAGCAGCUGAAGGAGCAAAGAGCUAUCAAUGUUAUACAAGAGCUUGGCCUGGAAAGGUGCCAAGACACAAUGAUUGGAGGGUCAUUUGUGCGUGGUGUGUCAGGUGGGGAGAGGAAAAGGGUUUGUAUUGGGAAUGAGAUCAUGACUAAUCCUUCACUUCUUUUCCUUGAUGAACCCACUUCUAGUUUGGACUCUACUACUGCUCUAAAGAUUGUUCAGAUGCUACAAAGUAUAGCAAAGGCUGGGAAAACUAUAGUAACAACAAUCCACCAACCGUCAAGCAGGCUCUUUCACAGAUUCGACAAGCUGGUUGUACUCAGCAGAGGAAGCUUGCUUUACUUUGGGAAAGCAUCAGAAGCAAUGUCUUACUUCUCUUCCAUAGGUUGUUCUCCUCUACUCUCCAUGAACCCAGCAGAGUUCUUGCUGGACUUGGCAAAUGGAAACAUGAACGAUAUCUCCAUACCCUCAGCUCUUAAAGAGGAAACGAAGAUGGAAAAGUCUUGCAGAAAGAUAAGAUCUUCCAAGCCAACUCCUACAGUUGUAUAUGAGUAUCUUGAGGAGGCUUACAAGACACAGAUUGAAGUCAAGGAGAAGAAGAAACUUAUGGAACCAGUUCCUCUUGAUGAAGAAGUUAAACUGAUGAUAACUUGCCCCAAGCGAGAAUGGGGGUUAAGCUGGUGGGAUCAGUACUGCAUACUCUCUUUAAGAGGAUUUAAAGAACGUAAGCAUGACUAUUUCAGCUGGUUGAGAGUCACUCAAGUGCUAUCCACUGCCAUUAUCUUAGGUUUACUCUGGUGGCAAUCAGACAUUCAACAUCCCAAAGGUCUACAAGAUCAGGUAGGUCUACUCUUCUUCAUUGCUGUUUUCUGGGGAUUCUUUCCGGUAUUCACAGCGAUCUUCACGUUUCCUCAAGAGAGAGCAAUGCUGAGCAAGGAAAGAGAGUCUAAUAUGUAUAGAUUAAGUGCAUAUUUUGUGGCUAGGACCACAAGCGACCUGCCACUUGACUUGAUAUUACCUGUGCUUUUCCUGGUAGUUGUAUAUUUCAUGGCAGGAUUGAGACUAAGAGCUGAAUCCUUUUUCCUAAGUGUGCUCACAGUCUUCCUCUGCAUCGUUGCAGCUCAGGGACUUGGAUUAGCUAUAGGGGCAAGCUUAAUGGAUUUGAAGAAGGCCACAACUUUAGCAUCAGUAACUGUGAUGACUUUCAUGCUCGCUGGUGGCUACUUCGUAAAGAAAGUUCCGAUGUUUAUUGCAUGGAUACGUUACAUGUCAUUCAACUAUCACACAUACAAGCUCCUUGUCAAGGUUCAAUAUGAACAAAUCAUGCAGGAUGUAAACGGAGAGGAGAUAGUGAAUGGACUUAAGGAAGUGAGUGCUCUCGUAGCUAUGAUUAUUGGCUACCGUCUCUUGGCUUAUCUUUCUCUUCGAAGAAUGAAGCUCCACAUUUUAACUUAAAUUUACUUACAAAUAGGAAUUUAUAUAUAAUGUGUCCACUUAAUUUAUUAUCUUUGCUUGUUUAUAUAUAUUUCCACUUA